AUGUCAAGUUCAAUAAACAGUGAUCAAAAGGAGGAAGAAUCCCUACACGAAUCUUGGUUGAAUCUUCAACAUGAAGAACUGAUAGAGCUUGAACAAGCUGCAGCUCAGAUUAAAAACGGCGUCAAAGAUGAUCAUAAACUCACACAACUCAUUGAAAAGAUUAUAAACAACUUCCAAGACUACUGUAACAAUCGUAGCCGCCUAGCUAAAAAGGACGUGUCACCAUUCUUUGCACCAAAGUCGUGCACUCCAUUUGAGAACUCAGUCCUAUGGAUCGGUGGCUGCAGACCAUCUUCUUUUAUACGUCUCAUUUACGCUCUCAGCGGUAUGGAAAUUGAGUCUCAUCUCAUUGAGUUCCUUGAGGGAAUCAAAACUGGCGAAUUUCACGGGUUAACGAUAGAACAAAUGACCGUAAUCGACAAGUUGCAGACCAAGACGAUUCAAGAAGAGAGGAAGCUUUGUUCAAAAUUGGCUAGCCUGCAAGAAGACAUAGUGGACCAGCCACUAGCCAGCAAGAUGAUGAAAGAUCAAGAGAAUGCAGAUGAAGAUUUAGAUAAGCAUAGUCACAAUAUGGCAACAGUAAUGGAAGAAGCUGAUAAGUUGAGGAUGAAGACACUGAAGCAAAUUGUGAGCAUACUAAUUACACCGGCUCAGGCGGUGGAAUACUUAGCAGCAGCCAAGAGGAUUAGGCUUUGUUUGAAACAAUGGGGAAAGAAGAGGGAUCACGAGCAUACCAACUAA